AUGAGCUCAACUCUGACAGUGAUCAAGUGGACGACGGUCCUGUCAGUGGCAAAUGGUGGUGAUUCAGAUGCUGCCAAUGAGGAGAGUGAGGGUGAGGAACCAGAGACCACUGCCAUGAUGCUUUCUGAUGAGGUCCCUUCGCUAGUCACCCACAAGGUCAAGUCCAAGCGGCUUGAUCAAUCACAUGGGAAAUCCCAGUCUGCCCGGGAUCCAAAAACAUGCCGCGGAGGAUCCAAGGAAACUACUACUGCAUGUGGCGAGUCCUCAGAACCCUACUCCAGUGAAUUAGAAAGUCCCAAAAAACUCACCUCUGCAACUCGUUCAGCUAAGACCAUCACUUCUCUCAUUCGAACGGAAAAGGGCAACAUCAAAUUACUUGAUCAGAACCACGAGACUUGCCUAGUUGAGCCACACAUUCCAUUAUUGCGCCGUGACUUGAAAAUGGCUGCAUGUGCCAAUAUUGAUGGCUACUUUCGUCUUGGCCAGAACAUAGUCAAGGCAAAAAAACUCAUGGAGCAGCAUGCAUAUGUUUAUGCCUUGAGGUUCAAUUCCAAUGAUGAUGCUUCGCCCAUAGGGAAAAAACCCUACCAGGCGAAGUCUAUUGGCCUCAAGUAUGCAGGGCGCUUUGGUGAAAUAGCGAGUAACAAGGGUGAUUGCCCUGAAAUACCAAUUCCUUUGUUGGCACUCGUGGCAACAGCUGUAAUGUCCUUCUUGCUAGGUCUUCAUGCUGGACUGACUGGUUUUCAAGAUCUAUGCGGCCCUUUUCUGGAAGACGCUUGGUUCGCUGGGGAAGUUCAACUUUACAGUAAGUUUCGCUGGUAUGCAUGGUGUUGUUUCAACUCGGAUACUGACACUACUGGAAGGGCCUUGAGACGGAAGGGUAACGACCAUCUGGCUAGUGAGCAUCAAGAUGCACUCGCGCUACUCGACCUUGAUGGCAUGGCUGAGGAUUAGUAGGCCAUAUGGUGCUGACUAUACCCAUAAAUAUCACAGAUUCGUUGUUCACUCGUUCACUCUCCAUACCCGUAGAUAUCGCAGAUUCGUUGUUCACUCAUUCUCUCCUUUUCGCAUACCCCGGUCGUGGUGAUUUUGAUAUGCAUCGUUUAAUCAA